CUCUUUGUAGUCGGUAUCGCUCAGUGCUCCUCGGUAGUGUUACUAGAAGUCUUUGCACACUCUACACACAACUCCUUACCAGACCUCACUAACUCGCACAUUCCUACCGGCCUUAGCUAUAACGAUCCUUACCGAUUUAUACAAUUGUCCACCAAUUUUUUUUUUUUUUUCACCAUAAGUAACCCCUUCUAACUCAUCAAACCUCCCCAUCAUCCAUCCUCUAUCUAUCUUACGCCCCCUAAGCUAAGCUAAAGCUAUCUCUUCAAUUAAUCUUCAUUGGCAUUAAUCACCUGAUUAUUCAAGUUCCUAAAAGUUAGUUUUUAUACUUAACUACUCUGAACAAACAAGAAAAAAAAAAUCCUCGUCUCACUUUACCCAGUGCAGUCACUUUAAUCACUUCAACUUGCACUUUUUAUUACUUUGUGUUCCACUUUCUCAUCUCAGCUAUGUUCCCUUUUUCACUUGUCCUUGCUAACACUUGUAGUAUUCAAUAAUACCACAUGUUCCAUUGUUUGUAAUGGAAUAGGCGACUAAACCAUAAACCAGGAAAUACAUAUCAUCUGAGAAGUCAAAGUAUAAAUCAGCAUGCGAGUGUCAGUGGUCCUGAUGUGGGUGGCUCUAGUAUGGGUGGCCGGAUGUGUAGUGAGUGCAGAACCAGAAGCCGAGCCCCAGCCUGAUGCUUUGGCUGAUCCAGACCCGGGAAGGGAACGGAGGCAGCUAUCAGCAGUCACCAACGCCCUUCGGUUGGUGAUGCCAAGCGUGCGCCAUGCCGCCCGCCGCCUCACGCAAGAGGUGGCACCCGCAGUAGGAAGCACCAUUCUGAAAGCCGGAAACCAUCUGGCGUUGCGGGCAGCCGAGGGACUGCAGGAUACAGUUCAGGUUGUAAAUCAGCACCUGGUGCCUGCCAUUGAGGAUCACCUUGUGCAGGCGACCAAUGCUGCUGUGCCCUACAUUAACCGCGGAAUCGACGCCCUUGGGGUAGGCAUCCAGCAGGGCGCCGAGGUGGUAUCUCGGUCGGCGGCCAAGGGUGUAGAUCAGAUUGGGAGAAGAGUCCUUGGCCGGCGGCGACACCAUCGAGUCAAGAAAAUCGCCAAUAACCUGAAGGGUAGCAUCACAUCUUCUCUUAACACCAUCGCCGGUGCCAUCACUCACCUUACUUCACCCGACCAGCUUUAUACUAACAACGAUUACCACAACUCCCACGACUACAGAGACUACCAUGACUACCGAGACAACUACUAUUAUGACUACUCUACUAACAACCACGACUAUUACACCAGACCAGACGACUACCCAACAUACCGACCUGACAGGGGAGGAGACGCGAGCGUGCCAGGGUCUAAGGUCCGUACGGUCGGCCAAGCCCUGGCGCGUGUGGUAGACAACACUGCCUACUCCCUCUCCUCCAGUGUGUUGGGCCAAAAUCUGACGCGGGCGGUGGCGCCGCUCGCAAAGUCCGUGAGUAAGACCAUGAGUGAGUCUCUGCCCGCAGUCUCCUUCGAUGAUGGACGGAUCGUGAUCGACCUACCAGGCACAGACAACUCUGAGCGGACGGAAGCACCACCACGGUCAUGUACCACUCCAGAGGGCAAGAAAGGUGUCUGCCAAGACCUUGGAGACUGCCCAAACCUUAUUCUUGACUUGACCAAUCUCCGCAAGUCUGUCUGCUUCAAGAGACUCUUUGUGCCCGGUGUCUGCUGUCCUAGUGAAGGUUCAAGUGUGGACGACGACAGAUUCCCAAACACCCGACCAACUACUACUACGAUUACCACUCGACGUCCACCACCCAUUACUGCCCCCACCCAACGUCCGACGCCCGUUCCUUCUGUUCCUUCUAUCACCGAACCACCCAUACCUAGCCGCAACUUCCAGUGCGGCGUGCCUCAAGUUCCCGAGUUUCGUGUGGUGGGAGGCAAGGAGUCCGGGCGUGGACAGUGGCCGUGGAUGGCGGCAGUAUGGCUCCAUGGACCAAAGAAGACUGAAUUUUGGUGUGGAGCAACUCUAAUUUCCCGCCGCCACAUCCUCACGGCUGCUCAUUGUACCAAGGACUCUAGGGGUAAAACGUUCAAUCCUCAGCAGUUCACGGUCCGGCUCGGUGAUCAUAACAUCUUUAGCACGAGUGAUGACUUCAUUUCCAAGCCAAAAACUUACAGGGUAAGCCACAUUACUCCUCAUCCAGACUUUAAGGCGCAUGGGUUUUACAAUGACGUAGCAGUCCUGAAGUUGGCAGAAGACGUAGAAUUCACAGAGUACAUAUUGCCUGUCUGUCUGCCAUCUGAUGAGUACCGCCGGCGGCCCCUCGACCAUCUCGUGGGCCACACACCGUCCGUCAUUGGCUGGGGCUCCACCCACUACGGGGGACAGGAGAGUGCCGUCCUCAGGGAGGCUAAGCUGCCGGUGUGGAAGAACAGCGAUUGCAAUGACGCCUACUUUCAGCCAAUCACGGAAAUAUUCUUGUGUGCAGGCUACGUGGAGGGUGGCCGUGAUGCCUGCCAAGGAGACAGCGGCGGGCCUUUGCUUCUCUUCGUCAGUGGCCGAUGGGUGCAAAUUGGGCUUGUGUCUUUCGGGAAUCGGUGUGCCGAGCCAGGCUAUCCCGGCGUGUACACCAGGAUCGCCCACUUUAUGCCCUGGAUUGUUCAGAACAUGUUUUGAAAUACCUUGCUCAUCCAAUCCUCUACCUGAUCCUGUAUGUAAUGCUAUGUUUUAGUGGUGUUGGUGAGCAUGAACACGGUGAAAAAAAAAAAAAAGUGUGAGUAAAACGUAACAAAGACUGACACUAAAUUCAAUUUUGUAAGAAAAAGAAAACAUUUUUAAGGAAAUACGUUUGAAUGAAGUGUCGUUCUCCUUUGCUCCACACUGUGCACUGGAAAAUCUCUGGAACCAUAUUUCUCAACACAUUUUAUGUGGAACAGCCGUGUAUGGAAGUUAUUCAUUUUCAUUUACUCUAAGUGAUUCACGAGUGUAAUCAAAGUAGUGGCGUUUACCACUAAAUAUGGUGAUGGUAGUGGUGGACAUAUCAAGCAUACCGCUUGUAAAAGAUAAAAAAAAAAAAAAAUAACCAAGUAAUUCUUUGCCCUUUAACCAGUUUCUUAGGCAUUUAGUCAUGGAUGAAGAUCCUUUAAGAAAAUACGGAUACAUGUUUAUAUUCAUUAAAUUACACUCGUGAAAUUCACCUACAGUGGCAAGUGAACCAGCUUCCCUUUCCAGCUGUAAAUAUAAUCUGCUGGUCAGAUUUUGUGUAUACCAGUGUAUGUGAAUAAAUGUGCUAUCCUUAA